CAAGAAACCAACGAUGACAAGAUAUGACAAGGGUGGACAGGAUGUUUGAAUGUGUUUGUUUGAUGUAAUUUUAUGUUAUGUUAUCGUUUACUAAGUCGGCUUCUUCGCCACAGGUUGAAGCGUCGAAGCGCCCUAGUUCUCGUGUUGAACAGUUCUCGUUCUCGCUGAAUUUUGCGACCCAUACAUGGAACUGCAUGGACUUGCUUGUCCGUCACGUGGCUCAACGUGAAGUGCGACUCAACGCCGCACUCACCACUUACCAGGGCUUGCAAAUGUCGUGGCAGGCUAUGGCACAAGGAAUCGAGGACCAGGGCUGGCAAAUACCAUGUUUAUCCUUAUUGUUCAAGAAUUGCUCGACCAUUUGGUGGUCGUCCAAGAGAUUGGAAGAUGAGAGCAACUUGAACCACAAUGAGAAAAAUUGUCCCAGCAUCACCCGCAAUCAUAAUAAACAACACACUGAGCUUUUGCAACAGAAAGUCAAAGCAAAUCAGAUUGGAUUAUGACCACAGGAGCCGACUGCAAUCAUGAUUGGGAAAGUUGGGACAGGGAAGACCACAAUCUUCAACAAGGUGUGUGAUGCAAAGCGUGAUGCUGACAUUACCGAUGACUCUUGCACUCGCCAGUUUGUGUAAGGUCUUCUACGAUGGUUUGUCCAUGAUCUUGUAUGAUGGGCCUGGCUGCAACAGCAAAGAAGAUACAUACGCGCACAGCUAUGUGCUGCGUCAUGGUCUCACCAAUGAACCUCUGAGUGGCGUAUUUGUCACCUUGGAGUACAACCCUCGGAUCCGCAACAACAUGGGUGGAGACUUCUAUGAAGUGGCAAAGAUCCUGAAGGAGGACGCCUUUGAUCUGAUUGUCGUGCUGGUGACCAAGAUGGAGCAGUUUUACCCUGACCCCCAAUUCCCUACCCGGCAGAGUAUGGAAGAACACAUUAGAAGCUGUUUCAAGAGAGACUACGGCAUGGAUCGCGUAGUGUUCUCAGACAGAAAUUCGACAGCCCCACAGUUGUUUCAUGCUAUGCGAAAAGCCAUAGGUCAUUGCAGAAAACUGCAGCUGAGCUAUACCGAUGAGGAGUUCCUGGAGCACUUCGAUCUGAAAGCUUGGAAGGGCCGUGAACAGUUUGAUUUGCAUCGAUUGAAGAAGCAAAUUGAGAAGUUGUGCUUUGAGUUUGAGGAAGGGCUUAACCACUUGGUGGCCACUCGACAGAAGCUUUCUGAUCAAGACUUCCAGGACUAUAUUUAUGCCAUAAUUCAGCAGAAUCGAUUGGAGCUGGAGGAACAGGUAUACCAGCCCUUCUUGCAUCGCAAUGGUGAAGAUCAGAUUGCGUUUGAGGACUAUACUGCCAGCAUUGAACUGCAGAAGUUGAUUCACCAUGCCCACUCAGACUUUCGCAAUGAGGCCAAGAAAUACUUAACAGUGAAUCCAGACAACACCGGUGACUGGCGCAAUGCCAUUCGACGUUGUCAGCACUGUCGUGAAGUUUGGGUGAAGGUGGAGGGAUGUGACGGCAAUACCACCUGUGGAGCACGCCCAUCUGGCUCAGAUUCUUUUUCAACAUCCUACUUCCGAUUGAUGUGGGAGAGGGUGGAGGGGAAGCUUAUACCAGCCAAGUACUUGAUGCGGGCAAAGCCUCAAAUGACUCAAAUGACAAAACCAAAAGUGGAUCUCAACAUCCGAAGAGUUGGCUGCGGCGGGUCCAUUGUUUGGCGCGAUCAGGCUGUUGUUCCGAAGUCAGAGCUUGACUGCUUGUUCAGCACUCAAGAAUUGGAAAACAUUCUGAGCUCUUUCAAGAUGGACAGACAGUUCCAGCAGCUGAGGAGGAGGAAGGAACGCAAGAUCCAUGUUUUCGCAGAAUUGGAUGAGACAGGUCGCGACAAGAAGAUGCAGUAUGCUAAGGAUGAGGAUGGUGCCGAGGAACUGGAUGAUCCUGAGGGCAGGACAAGUUUUGUGACCCCUUAGUCCGGCGGCUCGCCUUUCACACGCUGAGCAUGAGCUUUUUAACGCAAUUGAGAACAA